AACGUUGUCAGUCGAUCGUUGGCUGCGACCGUAGGAGGACAGUAGAAUCGACAGUCGCAUGCUAUUUGAGUGUAAAUCGGGAUUGGUUGACGGUUCUCCCGUAAGCCCCACCUACCAGGUGGUCGUUCGAAAGUGUAGUUGUGUAGUUCCUUACGGCGAAACGACGGGCGCUGCUCUCUCCUGAACGUAUCCAAUCGCGAGAAAAUCUGAAAUGAGACGUAUCGGUGCGCUAAUAUGUGACGGUUGAGAGAAAACGAGGACCAGGAACGUGUGAGAGGGUGGUCUACGCGCGGGUGUUACCACUUUCGAAGCGUGACGAAGAAAACGAACCGCGUAAAGAAGUGGCAAAGGUGGAGAUCGUGAAAAAGAUCCGCGUCGAAAAACAAAAGAAAACGCGUGUGCGCCAGAGCUUCGUGUAAGAAGAAUCCUCUAUUUCGGGGGGGGGUUGUAUAUCUUUUUCUCUCUUUUUUUGUGCCUAUCUACCUUCUUUUUUUCUUUCUGUUUCUCUUCGUCUUUACUCGAUUUGUUCCGAGUGAAAGUAUCAUUGCGGCAAGUGUUUUCUCAUCGCGUAGUAUGCGCCGUUUCGUAUCGCGGGGUAACAAGUAGAGGUAAAAAAAAGUGUUUCGUUUAACCAACAAGGACGUCAGCUGUGUGCGCUUUUACGAGGGGGACGUGUGCGAGAGAGAACCCACUGUUGAGAGACAGAGAAAUGGCGGCGCUGGUGGCAGGUGUCCAGUAUGGUUUGUCGUCGCACAGUAAUUUUCACGAAAACAAGUCCCUGAUCUUCGUGAAACUCACCGACUCGGCGCAACGUGCCAUCGAGGACUUUCUCAGAAAUCGGAACAAGACCAGCCAGAAUCCUACUAUACAGUUCCUAGGAAACGAAGGGCAAUUGUCCUUCCCAUCUACGCAAUCCAGCCAUGGAUCAGCAGGCUUUACGUUUAGCCUUUCUGGCAAUCAAGACAUUGAGGGUCCUCAGGGUGGUUUCGAAUGCAUCCAACAAACAGGCCCUAAAAGCCUGGAGAGUCUUGGCGCAUUGCCGUGUAAAAUGCGGAUACAGGCGAACGACGAUGUGUACGAGACAACCAGGCAUCGCAUGGCUGUCGCCGAAGAGAAUAAUAAGAACAAAUGUACUAGAGUUAUUAAACCAAAUGGACCGGACAUUGGUCGCAAGGUGAAGGUAAAAUCGACUGGAAAACCUAUCAUACCAUCAUCAUCAAAUUCAAGACACAGGGAAUCAACGAGCAUUCCAACUUCUGGAAGUCAGGCUAGACUGUCGUCUUCCUCUUACAAACCGGCUAAUCCAACAGCAGCUCGAAGUCAACCGGAGAAAAAAAUCCCCGACAUUAUGCGCAGACCAUUAAAAGAAAGACUUAUCCAUCUUCUUGCUUUGAGGCCAUACAAAAAACCUGAACUGUAUGAUCGUAUAAAUAGAGAGGGUUUAAAAGAACGAGAGCGUAAUAUCAUGACGACAAUCUUGAAGCAAGUUGCUUUUAUGAGGGACAAUACGUAUCAUUUGCACAGAUAUGUUUGGAAUGAUGUGCAAGAAGACUGGCCUUAUUACACCGAACAGGAAAAGGCAAUGUUGAAAAGGAGAAAACCUCAAAAUCUUACGCCUCCUGGUUCCAGUGAUGGUGGAUCAAGUGGCAGCGGACAAUCGCCGAAUUCCACUCAUCCGGGUUCACCGCCUGCAAUCACAGCACCACCUCCAUCUUUGUUGAAUAAUAAGCGACCAGGAUAUUAUCAGGGAAAUGACGGACUGCCGACAAAGAGACCACGGAUAUCCCAUUAUAAGAAGUCGGAACAAAAUUCUGGAUCGUCGAUCACGGGAGAGAACGGAAGGACGGCUGGUAGUGGUAAUAGUAAUAACAGUGUUAGUGUUGUUUCUGGAGCUGGUAGUACUAGUGCUAACGGUGGCAAUAGUAGUAACAGCGGUGGUGUGGUUGAUGGUUGGGAUCAGAGACAACAUCAACGUGAUAUUCGUCGUGGCGAUUAUCGGCCCGAAAGAACAGCGAAUAGUGACGUGCUACGAAGCAGCAGCUACAGCACUGGGAAACCGUGCUUGACACCAACCAGUGACAGUGAAGAAAUCAAUCAAACUGGUCACGGAAUCAUUACGAGCACCGGUUCAUCCGGAAACAACACAGCUAGCAAUUCGGCCACUGGCCAUAAUUCUCAUAGUGUAGCCCAUAGUAAUUCUUUGAGCGGCAAUCGUCAUCAUACCGGCAAAACGGCGAUACUCGCUACCGACGGGAAUUCUGGGACGGAUUAUGUGGCGCGUCUUAUGCCAAGUGUCGUGAGUGAUGGUGGUAGUGCAAGUAAUUUUAGUGGUAGUUCGAACGGAAUACUCGCUGAUAGGAGAGACAGAAGCGAUAGGAAUGACAGGAGCCGCGCUAGCGAAAGGGAUCGUGACUCGAGGAAGAAGAGCAACGGGACAGGUGGUAACUCCUAUAAUGACUUAUCUGCUUCUAAUUACACCGCUACCGAGGAUAAUACUGUCAGUACAUCUUCUUGUGCUCUUGAAUUGCCUGAAAGCCCUAAGUCAUCGGAAUAUCCGGAUUACCUCACGUAUUACACGACAAUAAGUAGUUCAGAACAGAGAAGACGUUAUAAAGCAGAAUUUAAUGCUGAUUAUGAAGAGUAUCGACGGUUACAUGCUCAAGUAGCAAAUGUAUCUAAACGGUUUACGCAGCUCCAAGAACGUUUGAAACAAGAAGAAGCCUCUGGGAACUGGGAAGAGUACGAGGAAGUAAGGCGGCAAAUUUUGCACGACUAUAACGAAACUAAACGGGACCCUGUACAUAAAGUAAAACGUCGAUUUCAUUAUCUGCACGAGAAGCUAAGUCACAUUAAACGGCUAGUAUUGGAGUACGAUACGCAAAACUGUGGCGGUGGGAUGACAAGCAGCAGUAACGCUAACGGUAGCAACGAAAUUAAGGAGAUGGACAGUUUGCACUACUGACACAAACUGAAAAGGCCGCCUCUUAUAUUCAACCUUUUCUCAAUUGUCGGUACGUUACUGUCUUCGUUGUCGCAGAAUUUGCAUUUUCUCGGCAUGUUCCAAGGCUGAUCUAAACGGUCCAUAUGGUUCCUGGUUCUGUCGUCGAAAACAAAGUCAAGUACUGUCUGAGCCGGGGUUGCAACAAACAAGAAUCUUCAUGCUGUUGUUAAAAUUGCGAAAGUCGAAGAUUUCUCUUCUAUAAUUGAUUUGUGCGCGCGACUGUGAUGAUCUCUUCGACUUGCGCUUUUGUGUGAUCGCGAGCGAUCGUCGUGACGCGCUUGCGUGCUACUUCGACCAAUGGUAACUACAUCGAUAAAGGGGCUUUUUAACGACAAUCGGUACGUUUCGGGGGAAAAAAGGAAACGGGGAAAAAAAAAAAAAAGGAAUGAAAUAAAAGUCCAUCCGAAGAGAGAGAGAAAACAAUGAGAAAAAGGGCAUUCGCGAAAAGCUAGACAUAAACGCUCGAACUGAAAUACAUAGGGACGUAUUUCUUCGAGAACUCUGACCUCCUACGAGGAAAUAAAAAAAAAAAAAAAAGAAUAAUAGGAAAAAAUGAAGAAAGAAGACAAUUGAGAAAGCAGUAAUUAACUUUAUAUAAUUAGUUACUUACCGUGCGCACGUCCAAGUGUGUCGUCCAGUUUAAGAAUACAUUAGAUUAAAAAAAAAUUAAAAAAAAAAAUAAAAAAAAAAUAACAAUGCGAAUGCGAGAAG